CAGACUUUAGGGCGGGGAGGACGUUCGGUCUCUGUGAGCCGCAGCCUGCCGGAGCGGACGGUCGGUUGUGUCUCCGCCAUCUUAGGAGGAUGUACUCGUCCGUGGCGCACUUGGCGCGCGCCAACCCCUUCCACGCGCCGCACCUGCAGCUGGUGCAGUAUGAGGCCGACGCCAGCCCCGCGGUGCCCCCGGGCGCGCCCCGCCGCCUCCGCCCGCGCAGCCUGGCCGCCGCCGCCGUGGAAGAAUACAGUUGUGAAUAUGGCUCCAUGAAGUUUUAUGCGCUCUGUGGCGUUGGUGGGGUCUUAAGUUGUGGCCUGACACACACUGCUGUUGUACCCCUCGACUUAGUGAAAUGCAGGAUGCAGGUGGACCCUCAGAAAUACAGGGGCAUCUUUAAUGGAUUCUCCAUCACACUUAGAGAAGAUGGUCUUCGUGGUCUGGCUAAAGGAUGGGCUCCAACGUUUAUUGGCUACUCAAUGCAGGGACUCUGCAAGUUUGGCUUUUAUGAAGUCUUCAAAGUCUUGUAUAGCAACAUUCUUGGUGAGGAAAACGCUUACGUCUGGCGCACGUCCCUGUAUCUGGCCGCUUCAGCCAGUGCUGAAUUCUUCGCUGAUAUUGCCCUGGCUCCUAUGGAAGCUGCCAAGGUCAGAAUUCAGACCCAGCCGGGUUACGCCAACACCCUGAGGGAGGCCGCCCCAAAAAUGUUCCAAGAAGAGGGCCUCUUUGCAUUCUACAAGGGUGUUGCUCCUUUAUGGAUGAGACAGAUCCCCUACACCAUGAUGAAGUUUGCUUGCUUUGAGCGCACUGUUGAGGCCCUGUACAAGUACGUUGUUCCGAAGCCCCGGAGUGAGUGCUCAAAGGGAGAACAGCUGGUGGUGACGUUCGUGGCAGGUUACAUAGCCGGUGUCUUCUGUGCCAUUGUGUCCCACCCUGCUGACUCCGUGGUGUCUGUGCUGAACAAGGAAAAGGGCAGCUCAGCCUCACAAGUCCUCCAAAGGCUUGGAUUCAAAGGUGUGUGGAAGGGGCUCUUUGCCCGUAUCAUCAUGAUCGGUACCCUGACUGCACUACAGUGGUUCAUCUAUGACUCCGUGAAAGUCUAUUUCAGACUUCCCCGUCCUCCUCCUCCUGAGAUGCCAGAGUCUCUGAAGAAGAAGCUUGGCUUGACACAGUAGAUGAAUCAGAACUAACUAUGGACUGAAUCUGCUUGCUGACCAGUGUUGAGCAAAUAUAAAAGAAACUUUUAUAUAUUUGACUGUGUAGACCGUCUUUUUCUGAUGUAAUUAUUGGUUGUGCCCUUGCCUGAUGAGCAAGGGUUUCAAAAUGUAACAGUUGCAAUAAAUCAACUAUUCGUGA